GCCGUUGUUUGACAAAUAAUUGUGGCGCAAAAUCAUUACAUGAUUUUCAAGACGGUUUAAAGCAGUGACAGCGGAAAUGUUUAAUGCUCUAGCGGUCGCUGCCCCGGCGAUGUGCCUAUGCUAGUGUGUGUGUGUGAUUGAAAAAAAGAGCUGGAAAAAGAGGAGAGUGUAUGAAAGAGGAAUAUGCAACAACUGUGCGAUUUUAGUUAUCGAUGGCAUUUUUUCGGCUAUUUCGAGAGGCCGAAAGUCAAAAUCAGAAAAUCUGAUGUGUACACACACAUUACUGCCCAGAAACAGAGAAAACGGGGCGAAAGGAAAACUACGAAAGUGGUUGCUCUGCCAUGUAGGUGUAUAUUUGGUGCGUGUGUGUGUGAGAGGAAUGCUGCUGCCCGUCUAUGUAUCACGUUUCGCACACUACAUAUUUGCGUGCGUGUGUGUGACUGUGUAGUGUUGUAUAGUGCAUAAUUUAUGGAAUUUCGGAUUUCUUUCGAGUUUCGUUUUAGUUUGAGAUUUUUCCCUUAAUUUAAUCGAUCUAUGUGCUCGGUCUCUCUCUGUCUGCCUCUCGCUCAAAAUGGUUGCAUCCCCAAGAGAUGCACAAAGAGCGAGCGAGAGCGAGAUAAACAGACGCCGCCGCCACUAACGCACACGCACACCAAUGCAAAUGCAGUUAGCUGGUAAAACUUGUUUUCUCCGUCUCACCUCUCUCUCUCUCUGCUCUGCAAAAAGAGCAAAAGCCGCUAUUCGAAUUCGGCCGCUACUCGCCUCUUCUGCUCUCUCGCCACUCGCCGCUGGCACAACUACACUACAUACUGGCUAUAUACCAUAUAUAUGGCCGAUUCAAAGCUAGGCGAGCAAAAUUUCCAUUGUGUGUGGCGACCAGCGUUCGCAGUCGGUUCGGAAAUUUCUGACUCGUCAUUUGUGCGCAAAAAACACAAAAUACAGCGCAAGAAACUCAAGCCUAAGUAAUAGAUUAAAUACAAAUAUAUAUUUUAAAUCACUGUAAUUUUACGAAACCAAAAAAUAACCGCUGCCUCGACUUUCAUGUGCUCACAGUACGCGCGAGUGUUUGUGUUGGUGCUUCCCUAUUACUCAUCUUAAUUUGAGCUCUGAAAAAGUAUUUUUCUUUUCCGAAAAACAAAAAAUAGCUGGGCCUGAAUUGGAAUAUAGCCGCAAACUCUUACCUAUUUUUUUUUGUCUACAUCAACGAUUAACGAAAAUCCAACGACUUUCAUCGUCGUUUGUGUGUUUCUGGAAGUAAAUGUGUGUGUGUGCGUGUGCGGUCUAUACUCGCUGCCUUUGGUUGAAAAAAGUCAUUUUCUGAGUCGCUCUCUCUCGGCUUGCUCUCUUUUUGCAUGAAUGAAACAACGAAUGAACGAACCCUUGUAAUUGUGAUCUAUGUGCGAGUGUGUGAGUGAGUGUAGCAACAAAUAAGCAAGUUAAAACAAUAAGAAAAUUAAGUAAUAAACAAAGCUAUUACAGAAAAGGAAACAAAUACACCGAGCGGGGAAAAAAAGUGCAUUGAAAAUCUAAUUCUUCUUAUAUUCCAGCUAUAAAACAACAAAGCAACAUGCUUAAUUUUACAUUAUGUGUGUUUCAUUGCCAAAGCAACGUUUACGCUUAAAUCUCUCCCCAGAGAGCAGAUAAAUACAAAAUACACAUAAUAAAAAUCAAAUCAAAACCAAACAUCAAAUAGCAAAUUACAAACAAAUUCAACACCACAACAACCACAAAAUAUCGAAAGUAAAGAAACGAGACGAAAGAGAGCUCUUCAUUAUUUGUGUAUCCGUGUGUGUCGUCUCUCUCGCGUGUGUGUCCGUGCCUAUACCGUUGUGUGUGUGAGAGUGUGGCUGUGUGCGUGCAGCAGAAUCAAUAAUAAAAAAUUCAAAUCCAAAAUAAAAAGAGGAGAAAAAUCAGCAAGCCAAUGUGUAAAAUACUAGAGAAUAUCAAAAUCAACAACAAAUAACAACACAUCGGAUAAAUAACAAUAAUAGCAAUACACUAUAAGCAAACAACGUUGAGAAAAUGAGGUGCUGCUGCUGUGCGAAGAAAACAAGCCAAGAACUAUGACGCAUCAAAAUCAUCAGACAAACGGUGCAAGUUUGGAGGAUUGCCACACAAACUUUUAUGCCUUGACUGAUUUAUGUGGAAUAAAGUGGCGGAAGUUCGUUAACGGGGAGCGACCGAACGCAUCGAGCGAUCCUCUGGCAGACCCGAUCCUGCGCUCCUAUUCGCGAUGCAUCCAGGCGGACAUGCUGUGCGUGUGGAGGAGGGUCCAAUCCACAAAGACGGACAACGCCGACCCGAAUGCCUUAAACUUCGAGAUGACCACGUCGACCAAGGUCCACCCGCCCCUUUCGCUGGCCGCCGCCAAAGAGCUCUGGAUCUUCUGGUACGGCGAGGAGCCCGAUCUCAGUGAACUGGUCGAUGCCGAGCUGCUCCGAGUGGCGGCCAACCAAGCGCUGUGGAAUGGCACCUGGAAAGGAGCUCUCACCUACGAGUGCCGAUCGCUGCUCUUUAAGGCGCUGCACAAUCUCAUGGAGAGAUUCGUGCUUACCAAGGACAUUGUCCGCUUUGGAAAAUGGUUUGUGCAGCCCUGCACCUCCAGCGAUCGCCUCUUUGGACGCAGCUCCCAGCACUUGUCCUUCUCAUUUACGUUCUUUGUGCACGGCGACACAGUUUGUGCCUCCAUUGAUUUGCGCGAGCAUCCCGCCGUGCGUCCGCUGACCAAGGAGCAUUUGGCUGAAGCUGCGGCAGCCUUUGCAGCGACCAGUUCUCCGCCAGGUUCAAAUGGAUCUACGGCGACAGCAGGCGGAGCAGUGCCUAAUCCUGGUCAGGAUCCAAAUGGAGCCGGCAUGGAGGCACUGGACGGCGGAGAAGGAGCGGCCAAGGCAGCGCCACCGCCGCACGCGCGUAAGGUGAUGCUGGCCCCCUUUGGAAUUGCGGGCAUACUCACCGGCAAUAGUUAUAAGGCCAGCGAUCCCAUAGCCGAGAAGAUCCUUGAGGAUUGGGCCUCGUUUUUUCCGCUGUGCAAUAAGGACAACACGGAUGUGCCACCCGUGGUGGAAGUGGUGUCGGGUGGUCAUAAGAUGUAUCAUCCCACGAACUACGUACUAGUCACAGACCUGGACGACAUGGAGCACAUGGAGUUCGUCGAGAUGCAGAAGAUGCAAAGCCCAGUGGGUGGAGCGGCGGCUGAUGUAGCUGUUCUGGCCUCGCUUUCCUGCCCACCUGGAGCAGCAGUUGCUCCUCCAGCAAUGGGCGCAGCUCCAUCUGCAACAGCGGUUCCCUUGGGUCCAGCUUCCCUCAAUGCUCCAGCAGGAGCAGGAGUUGGAACUACUGCAUCUUCUGCCGCCAAAGAGAUAUCCCGCAAGGCAGCUCCACAAGCGGUCAGCGCCCUGGAACGUCUCGCCUUCCAACCCUACUAUGAUCAAAGGCCCACCUCGGGCUUCACCUUCAAUACCAACAAUACUCACAUACCCGCCUCGGCUGCCGUGGAAAUGCCGGAACGAACCUGGCAGGAUUGCGUGAUGAACACGCUUCAUGUGGAUGCAGCAGCGGCGGCAGCAGCAGUUGCUUCUUCUACUACCGCCUCGGGAACUGUGUCAUCAUCUGCGGAUGGCGACGAGAAUGAGCUGAAUAAACCGCCGCAGCAGGACUCAAAGCAACUGGUGCAGCAGCAGAUUCAGCAGCAACAGCAGCAGCAACGUCAAAAGCUCUGGAACUUUGUGGAUCCCAUGCAGAAGGCACCCUGCAUAUGCACCAACGCCCAAUGCAGCAGCAGUAGCAACAGCAGCAGCAGCAUUAACAACAUCAGCAACAACAAGCGACCGCAGCAACCGCUGGGAUCGCCUGCGCUGCGAGCAGCAGUUACCGGUGCCAGUGGCAAUAAGUCGUCCUCGUCAUCUUCAUCAUCUUCGUCGUCGUCGUCCUACCAGCAGCAGCAUUACCACCAGCAGCAUCUGCAGCAGCAGCGACCGGGAACACCUGGGCCGCCGGCAACAGCAGUCACAUCAUCGCAUCAUUCCAGUUCCCUGGGCAACACUUGCGCCUCCAAUUUUUCCGCGGGCACUCCCCGGCGUCACAAUGUGCCGUUCCACAAGCGAUUGCUCCAUUCGCUGGCAUCCACCGCCUCCUCCACGGCCUCCACCUUUAGAGGCAAAAGCCACAGCAACACCACCACAGACACCAAUAUACCAAAACAAAGAAAUCUGGGGAAUACACCUCAUGGAACACCACAUGGCGGAGCUUCGACGUACUCCCGCAAUUCCUUGGGUGGCGAUUCAUCGAUGCCGGUGGCCUCCGUGGAAUCACCGGCAACGCCAGCUCCCUCUCCGCAUCCGAAUUCGGCGCAUUCGCAACCGACAUCCGUGCCGCCCGCUGAGCAACUGCUCAAUAUGAGUCCUCAUGCGCCAACUUCGGUUUCCAAUCUGCAACAGCCGCCGACGCCUAUAGACCACCUGCUAGACAAGAAUACACCGGCUCCCACGCCAACUGACCAGCACGACAACAAGAGCAUUACGGCCUCGCCUUAUGUUCAUCAGACGCCCAGCGUAGAGCCGCCCUCCUAUACGGAUCAUGCGGCCGGCGGAGGAGCAGCUGGUGGGCAAGGCAUUGGUACGGGUCCAGGAAGUGUGCCCGCCCAGCAACCGGCCACGCCCACGGCAGCAACAUCAGCUGGCGGCGCCGGAUCUGGCGGACCUUCAAAUGCAAUUGGAGGGAAUGGAAUGGGCACUAUAAGUGUCAAGAAGCUUGAGAUGCAGCAGCAUACUCCAUUGGCGGCUAUGGCCAUCAAGCAGGAGCCUGGUGUUCAAGGUCGGGGGGUCGGAGGUGUUACCUCCACCACGGAGGCCUUGAACAACUUUAAGCGACUGUACAACCCGCCAAAGCUGACGUUAAAGGAUCCGGACAGCUUCUACGACGAGGAGUGGCUUAAGGAGGUCAUCUACGACUUUCAGUACCAGGAAUACUGGGACUAUAGCACGGUGAAACGUCCGAAAAUGGAAAAGCAACGGCGACCUAGGUAUGCCAAGAACCUCUACGAAGGGCAAACCCACGUGAAGCCCGUGAUGCCUUCGCCAGGAUCCGUUUAUGGCUCGCAGUUGCUCUCUUUGGAUGAAUCAGCAGGCUCAGCAGGAGGAGGCGGUGGAGGACAGGCGGCUGGCAGCUCCGGCGGAGGACUAGUGGGCAUUGCCAACAGUACUGCCAGUGGCAGUGAUGUAGAAGCCGAUGGCAGCAGCUUCUUCCAGGGAUUGAAUAUUAAGACAGAGCCCGGAUUGCAUUCCCCCUCUUGCAAGGAAACGUCGAAAUCUUCUGGCGGCAACAGCAGCGGUGGAGGAAGUGGUAGCGGGGGUAAUCUCUUCACAGCUGAAGGUUUGAAUCCCUCUCUCAAUGAUCUGGAGCAGUUGUUUGAAACGAGCUCGAACGACGAGUGCAGCAGCGUGCAAAUCCACACACCGCCCGAUUCUAAUAACCCCUCGAAUGGUGGCUGCAGUGCUGUGACCAAUACGAUCGAAGACCUCAAACGGAGCACAGCGGUGGCCAGUGCGGCCGUGGCAGCGGCAGCAGCAGCUGCGGCCUCAGGAGCGGGCAAUAUUCAGGCGGAGGAUCUUACUAAGAUGUUUCCUACACCACCCUCUCACGAGCAGCAGCACCCGAACUCGAGUCCCUGCCAAACGGACGUGGUCAUGACGGAUCUCAGUGUGGACACCACCACAACCAAUAUAACCAGUAGUAUCACCACGACCUGCAAUACCACUAUCACGAGUAGUAUAAACACCACCACAACAGGCUGUAGCAACCCUAGCAACAGUAUUAUGCUGGCUUCCGUUCAAGCUCCCGUCACCGUGGUGGCCAUUCAGACUGUCUCCAAGAUGGUGAAGCAGGAAUAUAACCUGGAACUGGGUAGCCCUAUGGAAGAGCCCAUUGAUGACUGGGACUAUGUGUACCGAGCACCGCAACAGGAGAAGUUUGUAGGCUCCACGCGAUAUGCUCCAUUGACCAACCUGCCCAGUCAAACACAGCCGCCGCUGACUCUGCCUACGGGAUGCUUCUAUCAACCCACCUGGAGUAGUCACAAAUCAAGAGCAGCUACAUUGGCUAAAGCAGCGGCAGCUCAACAGCAGCAGCAUCAGAAACAUCAGGCCCUUCAGCAGCGCAUCCAAUUGCAUCAGCAGAAACUACAGCAGCUCCAGCUCCAGAAUCAGCAGCAACAACAAGCUGCUGCCGCAGCAGCAGCGGCGGCAGCGGGAGGAGUUGGCCACCAGAAGCACCAGCAUCAGCAUCUUCAUGAUCUCCUGUCAGCGGCGCCGAGGACACCAUUAACGCCCUCCACUGUUCCUCAACCGUUGAGCAGUGGUGGCAGUCAGUAUUUGCUGAAUCAGUUGAACUGCCCACAAGCACCACCUGGGGCAUCCAUGCAGCAGCUUAUGCACCGAGCGGGGAUGUCACCAAUUUCCCCGGGACCCGGAAUAGGCCCGUAUGCCGCCAGAAGUAGUCCAAUGUCGAGGGCAACUCCUACGCAUCCGCCACCGCCAUAUCCCUAUGACUUGGCUGUGGCUAGUCCCGCUACCUCCACAUCGUCGUACUUGAACCGGCCGCUUCACUCGCAGGAGCAUCCACACAUGCAUGGUAUGGGCGGCGGAGCAGCGGGAGGUGUGGGUCACGGAACAGGAGCUGGCGGGCACAUGGGUAUGAUACCUUACACUGGCGAUGCGGGCAUUGCCAGUGGUGGAACAGCGAUGACAGCCGGAUCCUCGACCCUGCUUCAGGAAUUACCAGAAGUAAAUUCUGUCCUAGUUAACAUACUGCUUUACGAUACCGCCUUGAAUGUCUUUCGGGAUCACAAUUUCGAUAGUAGCAGUGUGUGUGUGUGCAAUGCGGAUACACAAAAGAUCGGCAAUAUUCGCGGAGCUGAUUCCGGAGUAUAUGUACCCCUGCCAGGGGUUAGCUUUAAUCCUUUCCCUUCCGGAGCUGGAGGUGCUGCGGCUGGACAGCGAAUGCUCAAUGGACCCAGCUCCGCCGGUUUUGGCGGCAUGCGGAUGAUCAGUGCCUUUGGGGGUUCGCCAGCCUCAGCCUCGAUGCCCGGAGCUGGCUCCGGACAUGGCCAUGGUCCGAAUGGCGGCUCGAACUCGUCGUCUUGCACGCCGCCCAGCAGUAAUCCCCAUAUCACCGGCUAUGUGGACGAUGAUCCCGUGGAAUGUACGUGUGGUUUCAGUGCAGUGGUCAAUCGAAGACUCUCUCAUCGCGCUGGACUCUUUUACGAAGAUGAGGUGGAGAUCACGGGCAUCGCGGAUGAUCCGGGCAGGAACAAGCAGCCUACAUUGCUCAGUAUCAUCCAGAGUCUUAGCAGGAAAAACCAAAUCAAGCAGGGACCUGGAGAACCGAGCUCUGCCUUGGAAAAAAUCGGAGCGGGUGGAUUGCCUAGUGGUCAACUGGAGCAAUUGGCUCAUGCUGUAUUUGACCUGCUAUUGGAUCAGUGCUCUAUCAUCCAAACAUCUAGUAGUUCGGUGCACAGAGCUCUUCAGUCCCAUCGGAGGCGAAUGUCCCGUCAACGAAGGAUCUUCGGCACCAAUGGAGCACCUACUGCUUCAUUGGCAUCAAUUGCAAAUGUUCUAGAGUUUAUGGAUGCACACGACGUUAUAAGUUUGGCUCUGGAGCAGUCGAGAUUGGCAUUUGAAAACCAACGUAUGGACAACAUGAUGGACUUCCAUGGAAAUGGUAGCAGUAGCUCUCAUCAGCAACAGCAACUCACAGCUUUUCAUGCACCACCAGCUGCUUUGCGUCACAAGCUAGCGGGUAUUGGUGCUGGUCGGUUGACAGUUCACAAGUGGCCAUAUCUUCCCGUCGGUUUCACCCGUAGCAAUAAGGAGAUUGUACGCACCAUGAAUGCUAUACAGCCGAUGCUGCAGAAUGCAUUCCAUUGCAAAUCGAGGGGCGGCUCAGGUUCCAAGGAUGCCAGUUCGUACAACACGGUGAGUGGACCGCUAACCUGGCGCCAAUUCCAUCGCCUGGCAGGCCGUGCAUCCGGACAAUGUGAACCCCAACCGAUACCAUCCGUGGUGGUGGGCUACGAGAAAGAUUGGAUCUCGGUGGCACCGCACUCUAUCCACUAUUGGGAUAAGUUUCUCCUGGAACCGUACUCUUAUGCCCGGGAUGUUGUCUACGUGGUGGUGUGUCCCGACAACGAGCAUGUGGUGAGUUGCACCCGCAGCUAUUUCCGGGAACUAAGCAGCACCUACGAGAUGUGCAAGCUGGGAAAACACACGCCCAUUCGAGGAUGGGAAGGCUUCCUUCAGGUAGGCGCUGCUCGCAACAACGUGCCCGCGGAUCGGGAAACGACCCCUUUAGAUGAUUGGCUGCGUACCCUGGAGCACGCUGCUCUGGCGGAGCAAAUUCGUCGGUAUGCAGUUGCCUUUAUUCACCAGUUGGCUCCAUAUCUGAGUCGAGUGCCAAAUGAUAAAACGCUGUUGAAUCCACCAGAUGGCACUGGGAACUCGCACACCAAAGGAGGCAGCUCUUCCUCCUCGAAUAGCUCUUCAGUCAGCGGAUUACCUGGCGGGGAUUUAAGCACUGAUAAUAUCAAGCUGGAGCCGGGUACAGAACCUCAAGUCCAACCAAUGGAGACCAACGAAAUAAAACAGGAACCCGGAACGGGAAAAGGAGUCACUGCAGCAGGUGAUACCAAACCCGCUUUGAUCCUUGGAGAUCCAUUGGGAAUGGGCGAGACUUUGGAGGACAUCAACCCGUCAGCCAUUGUCCUUUAUGUGGUCAAUCCGUUCACUUUCGCCUCGGAUAGCUGCGAAUUGGAGCGUUUGGCUUUGAUUGCUCUGCUUCGUUGCUAUGCGGAACUGCUGAAAGCAGUUCCUGAUUCAGUGCGAUCGCAGAUGAACAUCCAGAUUAUAUCGCUAGAAUCGGUAAUGGAACUGGGACCGUGCGGCAAUCGAAAGCGUUUCUCGGACGAGAUUAGGUGCCUUGCUCUUAAUAUAUUUUCGCAGUGCCGGCGGCAUCUGGUGCAUGCCCAAUCCGUAAAAAGUCUCACUGGCUUUGGAACGGCGGCUAAUAUGGAGGCGUUUCUCAAGACAAAGGAUGAACCCAAUCGCCGGGCUUACAAGAUGUACACGGCUCCUUUUGUUCUUGCACCCAUGCACGAGAGGAAUGACAAAACGGACUUCUCCAGAUCAGCGGGAAGUAUGCAUGGUCAGAAUGAACAUCGUUAUUCGGUGAUGUAUUGCAAUUACUGCCUGAGCGAGGAUCAGGCUUGGCUUUUGGCCACCGCCACUGAUGAAAGGGGCGAGAUGCUGGAGAAGAUCUGCAUUAAUAUUGAUGUGCCAAAUCGUGCACGGAGAAGAAAAGCUCCUGCUCGCUAUGUCGCCCUAAGGAAAUUGAUGGACUUCAUCAUGGGAAUCAUCUCGCAGACAUCGCAAAUGUGGCGUUUGGUGAUCGGCCGCAUUGGAAGGAUCGGACACAGUGAACUAAAGUCUUGGAGUUUUUUGCUCAGCAAGCAACAGCUGCAAAAGGCAUCCAAGCAAUUUAAGGAUAUGUGUAAACAAUGUACAUUGAUGUAUCCACCCACAAUCCUGAGUGCUUGCCUUGUGACCCUGGAGCCGGAUGCCAAGCUGCGCGUGAUGCCCGAUCAGUUUACACCAGAUGAGCGCUUCUCACAGAUUUCAAUGCAGAACCCGUUAGCUACUCCACAGGACGUUACCUGCACCCACAUCCUGGUCUUUCCCACUAGCGCCGUCUGUGCGCCCUUUACGCGCCAGUUCCAAAAUGAGCCGCAAGUAGAUGACGACUUCCUAACCUUCGAGGAAGAGGGCAACGAGGACUUUAGCGAUGCGGACAUUGGAGAUCUGUUCUGGGAAACUCACAUGGACAGAGUUUCCAAUCAUGGUAGUCCCGGUCGCAUGGAUGACAAUCGGAGUUGGCAGAGCGCAGGCGGUAACAACUUUAAAUGCACGCCGCCACAGGAAGUAGAGGAGGUUGGUUCACUUAAUCAGCAGCCAAUAUCAGUGGGUUACAUGGUGUCCACGGCGCCAACCGGUCGCAUGCCCGCUUGGUUCUGGUCCGCUUGUCCGCACCUAGAAGAUGUUUGCCCCGUGUUUCUGAAGACAGCCCUACAUCUCCAUGUGCCCAGUAUACAGUCUGCCGAUGAUAUUCUCAACUCGACCAAUGCACAUCAGUCAGCCAACGAUCAUCCGCUAGACUCCAUUCUCACAGCGGAUGUUUUGCGCUUCGUCCUCGAGGGAUACAAUGCCCUUUCCUGGCUGGCGCUUGACUCCAACACACACGAUCGUCUCUCCUGUCUACCCAUAAAUGUUCAGACGCUAAUGGAUCUGUACUAUCUGACGGCUGCCAUAGCCUAAGGUCCGGGUUCUCAGAUCUAAGAUUCUCAGAUCCUUAGAUUCUCGGAUCACCUAAAAUUUAAAUCAAUCAAACGCAGUCGCAUGCUUCCGUUUGCAGAACUUCCACUAGCUAUAUAAUCUUGAAAGAACAACAGAAUACAGAACCGAAAGGAUCUUGAACAGAAUCAACACCAAGUAACCCUGAAUAGAAGUUAACAGAAUCCAAAAACACCAACAGAACAACCAGAGCAAUAGCAGCAGUUAACGCAACGCACAGAUUACUUAGCAUAAUCAACAGGAAAACUAAACAUAAACCGAUCACCGAUGAGAGCGGCGGAUACAACAUUAUCGUCUACCGAUAAGUUUUGAACAGCAACAGCAUUACUAUUUAUUAGUCGUCGAGAAUUUGUAAAAGUGUCAAGUGCAAGAAUUGUUUGUUUAAUUUUAUUUUUUAUACAUAUACAUAGGCUGGCGUUCGAUUAGUGUUUAAUAUUUAUAAAUAUACAAAGAGGAGCGAAUGGAAUAGCGAAAAGCAAACAACAAACAAACAACCACACACAUGUAGGCAUAGGUCAUAUAUAUACAAUAGCGGAGUGGAGUUAACGCGAGAAACAUUUUAGCAUAAGUAACAAAGUUUGUACAUAUUUACAACCAAUUCGCCGUAAGCAGCAAACCAGCAGCAGCAGCAAAACAAAACAGAAGUGUAAUUAUACAAUUAGUAAUUAGUUUACAACAAAUUGGAAGAGCAGAGGAGGAGACCCUAUUUAAAUCUAAUAAAUUAAAUCAAUAAAUUGUGUAAAUUUUUGUGCAAAGCGAGAAUUAGUUUAAAUUUAAAUUAUACAAGAAGGAAGUGUAAAACAACACCGAACACACGCAUUAAACGCCCCACACAAUGGAAACAACAAAACAUAUAAUUAACUGAAACUGUAUACUGUAAAUUGCAUAUAUAAAAACUAUAUAUAUCUGGACGCCUAGCGCAGAUGAAGAAGGACGUAGAAGGAGUAGGAGUAAGUGGAGAACGAGAACAGGAGUAGAAUUAGGAUGAGCGGUUAGGAAGAGUUUUUAAUUUCGUGUGUUUUUUGUUGUCUCUUGUAUUCGUAUAAUCCUAGGGAAACAUUUGUACUUCACACAGAUACUGAACCCAACCCACAAACAACUAACACACACACAAACACACACCACUCACAUAGCCAAUUUUCUAAUAAUGGAAUACUUAAACGAAAAUGUGUACAAAUUAAUAAUAAUGUUUGUAAAGAACGGGAAAGCUUUCUACACUCACCAACAACACAACAACCACAAUUGAGUUUGCACGUUUAAACGAUUUUCGCUAGGCUUAAGUUAAAAACAAAAUCAAUUAAGUAAAGAAAGAUAACAAUUAUUAAACAAUGAAAUUAUUUUUACCUGUGUAUUUUAAUUAGCGUAAAUUGUGUAAACAACAAAACCUACGAUUACAAAGACGUUUUCUAGUAAUUAUCAACACCAACACCAACACCAACAUAGAAACACAACACCCCACAUGCAUAUCUUUUAAGUAGUUUCGAUUUCAUUUAGUAUUCUUUUUAUUUGUGUAAUAAACCGAACUUGUUUGCAAA